CGGGCCAUGAACAUGGUUUUUCAUAAUUUUGUGUGGAAGACUCGCCUGGCACAGAGCAUCAUCAACUACUGCGUGAUUGUGUACAUGGAUGACAUCCUAGUGUAUUCGAGUUCCUACGAGGGACACGUGCAGCACAUCGAAUGGGCACUGCAUGCGUUACGAGAUGCAGGUUUCAAGGUGGCRCUUGAGAAGUGUCAGUUUUUCCUCACCACCAUUUCUUUCCUGGGGCACGUGGUGACAGACAAGGGACUCCAACCGGGGCCGCAGAAGGUGGCAGCUGUCAGGGACACGCCAGUGCCUACCACUAUCACGCAAAUUCGCGCCUUUCUGGGCCUAGCCUCGUAUUACCGAAGAUUUAUCAAGGGCUUCGCGGCGAUUGGGGGACCCCUCACAAAUUUCCUGCGCAAGGAUCAGCCGUUGAUCUGGACACCGGAGUGCGAUCAAGCGUUUUCUAAACUCAAGGCUGCUCUCAUUUCGGCUCCGAUCCUUAUAAGACCGGAUCCCGAAAAGCCUUUUGUUCUCAUCACCGACUGGCAGCCAGAGGCGAUUUCGGCGACCCUUGCCCAGGUAGGACCGAGCGGACUCGAGGGUGUAGUGGAGUAUGUGUCCAAAUCAGUGCCCGCCUGCAAGCGCAAUUAUGCUGCGCCAAUGGGUGAAUGCUAUGCGGCUCUCUGGGAAAUCAGUCACUUCCGUGCAUACCUGUACGGGCGAAAAUUCACCCUGACUGAUUAUGAGCCCCUGUUGGCUCUGAAGAAGUCGAAGGAUUACUCGGCCAUGAUCGGGCGAUGGGCAACGGUGCUGCAGAGCAUGGACUUCGACAUUCGUCAUCGAAAGCACGAGAGACACGGGAAUGCGGACGGACUGACACGACUGCACCGGCCUGAGAAGGUUCCAAAGGGUGAGGAGGUGACGUGGACGGGCACUAGCGAGCAUCCCACGUGGAUUGAGAAUCCGGAGCUGUUGAUCAUACAGGGUUGGAGGACUAACACGGAAGGUGAUCUUAUUGGAUUCCUCUUUGGAUCGGUGCGACCGGGUCGUCGUCAGUUGAUUGCACAGGAGCUCAUCGCACCGAUCGUGCAAUUAGGGAACGAUCUCUCGCCCGACAUCUACUUUCAGAGUGACAACAGUCCUACUCCGUACAUUUUCAAGCGAUCCUUGGAUCCGUACCUUCAGUGGACUUCGUGCUUGGAGGAACCUAGGGACGAGGAUACACUACCAUCGCGGCAGGAGUAUCUGAAGCCGUACGAGAUCAUCCCUUACGCCUUCUACCCGAGGGCAGAAGAAGUGGUGAUCGACGACGAUGACGACGAAGAAGAAGACGACGACGAGGAAACAUCGGAGGAGGGAAGCUAUAGUGAACAUAGCGAGGGCGAGCUGAGUGAGGAGAGAGAGGAAGAAGAAGGAAUCGGGUCCGAGUGGGAAGUUCCGCCGGAGGAAGCGGAAGAUCCGGAAGCGGUGUGGAAGCGCGAAGAAAUUGCCGCCGGGAAGCGCCAGCUGGCCUUCGCUAGCGAGGCUAGCAUGCGCAUCGGUAGCGAUCCAACCAGGGAUCCGGAGCCACCGAGGCCCGAAGAUGGCGACCCUGCAGCCGCCACCUCAAGUACCCCGUGACGGAGACGGCGUCAAUCCCCCUCCUCCUCCAGCCCCGCCCGUCCCCCAGUUCGCCCACGUACCAAUGCGGGCGAUAUGCCUUCGGCCUCG